AUGGUGAGGACUCAAGGGGAACGUAUUACGGACCUCGAAGCAGCUGUCGAGGGACUGAGACAGCUAAAUGAUACUGUGCCCGCUCUGAGGGCCAGUAUGGGUGAAAGGAUGGAUGACCUGGAUCGAAAGACAACGAUGGCUAGCAACGACAUCGUGCACAUGAGUCGUGAUUUUGAGGGAACACGACUGAUUGUGGAGGAGUUGCGACAAGGAAGGACUGAGGAUGCAGCUACCAUAGCUGUAAUGCAACAAACUAUUGAUCAGUUGACGGGCCAGCUUAAUAUCUUCCAAGUGGCCCUAAAUGGAGUACUCCGAGGAGGAGGAAAUCAGGGUGGGGGCGCUGGGAAUAAUGUGCCUGCGCCCCAGAAAAUCAAGAUACCGGAGCCAAAGGCCUACCACGGUGCUCGAAAUGCCAAGGAAGUUGAAAAUUUCAUUUUUGACGUUGAACAAUACUUUGAGGCCGUGGGGGAGUUAGAGGAACCAAAGAAGGUAGCAACUGCUACCAUGUAUUUGCAAGGUGAUGCUAAGCUUUGGUGGCGGGUAAAGUUUGAGGCCAUCAGGGCCGGGGAAGAAAAUCUAACGACAUGGGAGGAACUAAAGGCGGCUAUCCGCUUGCAAUUCUUUCCAGAAAAUGUCGAGUACAAUGCGCGCAGGAAGCUCAGGGAGCUGCGCCAGACCAAGUCAGUUAGGGAUUAUGUGCGUGAGUAUUCCGCACUCAUGCUGAGUAUUCGGGACAUGAGUGAGAAAGACAAGCUUUUCACGUUCAUGGAAGGACUGAAGCCGUAUGCCCGCGCAGAGCUGCAAAGGCAACGGGUGGAUACAGUGACAAGGGCCAUGCAAGCUGCUGAGUGCCUUGUCGACUAUCAGGUGGAGCCUCGAAAGGACAAGCCACAACAACCUCCUAGGGGAGGGAAUACAAGAGGGGGCCAACACAACAACUAUAACAAUAACAACAGGGGUGGCCCUAGUAGAAGUGGGGGAGACCGAGGGUCUAACCAAUCUAGGGCCUCCUCGUCUGGCAGUGUGAGUGUUGCGUCUCCAAACAAAAAUCGUGGGAAAGCGCCCUAUGUUCCAAAGGGCGGAUGUUUUGAGUGCGGUGGACCGCACAUGAGGGCUGAUUGUCCUCAGGUUAGAAAGUUGAAUGCUGCCCAGCAGAGCCAGGCAGAGGAGGAAAUCGAAGAAAUAGAGGAAAUGGAGGAACCCAUGGGUGCCUUCACUCAAUUUCUCAAUGCCAUAUGUCAAGAAGAGGGCGAGUCUAGUGCCAGCCUUCGCAAGAAGAAAGAUCCUACUCCUGCUGCCACAAAGAAGGCCCCAAAAGAGAAACUCCAACGUUAUGUUAGUAAAAGCAAAACUUUGAUGUUCGUUGAUAUGCGAGUGAAUGGUAAGCCCGUUAGGGCCAUGGUGGACACAGGUGCUACCCACAACUAUCUAGCUUCCACUGAGGUGGAGUAUUUUGGGCUUGUGGUGGAGAAAGGCCGGGGUCGCGUCAAAGCAAUCAACUCCCCCGCCAUACCAGUUGGGGGAGCGUCAAAGGGAGUGCCGUUCAAGUUGAGUUCUCUAGAGGGAAAGAUGAAUAUGUCCAUUGUCAUCAUGGACGACUUUAAGCUGAUACUGGGAUUGGAAUUCAUGCGGGAAAAUUAUGUCAUCCCGUUUCCAUUUGCGGAUGCACUGUUGGUGUUGGGAAUAAAUGGGGCCAAGACUUGUCUCAUCCCUGCACUACCAGGAAAGAUGAAGGACGGGAACAUCUCCGCAUUUCAACUGAACAAAGGAGUCAAGAGACAAGAGCACACGUUCUUGGCUACCUUGUGUAUGGAGGAUAUGGUGCGUUCUUCUGGGCCUAUGCCUAUGGUCGUGAAGAAGCUCCUGAAGGAGUUCGAAGACGUGAUGCCACAGGAGCUGCCAAAGCGCUUGCCGCCAAGGAGGAAUGUGGAUCAUGAGAUCGAGCUGGUGCCGGGCGCGAAGCCUCCUGCUCGUGCACCUUACAGAAUGUCACAACCCGAGCUCACCGAGCUUCGGAGGCAAUUGACGGAAAUGUUGGACGCAGGGAUUAUAGUGCCAUCAAAAUCUCCGUAUGGUUCACCAGUGUUGUUCCAGAAGAAGCAUGAGGGAACGUUGAGGCUAUGCAUUGACUAUCGUGCCCUUAACAAGGUCACGGUGAAAAACAAAUAUCCCAUUCCCUUAAUCGCUGAUUUGUUUGAUCGCUUGGGACAAGCCAAGGUAUUCACCAAGAUGGAUCUGCGGAAAGGAUAUUAUCAAGUCCGUAUUGCCGAGGGCGACGAGUCUAAAACAACCUGUGUGACUCGAUAUGGAGCAUUCGAAUGGUUGGUCAUGCCAUUCGGCUUGACUAAUGCACCCGCUACUUUUUGUACUCUCAUGAACAAACUCUUCCACCCAUUUCUUGAUCAGUUUGUUGUGAUUUACCUCGACGACAUCGUGGUAUAUAGCAACAGUUUGGAAGAACAUAUGGAGCAUCUUCGCAAGGUUUUUCAAGUAUUAAGGGAGAACGACCUGUGCGUCAAGCGGGAGAAAUGCACCUUUGCCCAGCCACAAGUGCAAUUCCUUGGGCAUACGAUCAGCCAAGGAGAAAUCAGAAUGGACGACGACACAAAUUCGGCGAUUGCGGACUGGCCGCCGCCCAAGGAUAUUCAUGGCUUGAGGUCAUUCCCUUGGUUUGUGCAAUUUCUAUCGCCGGUUCGUGAAGGUUAUCGCUCAUUGCUGUGCCGUUGA